UUUUCACGUAGGCCUACAUAACCUUUAGCUAGCUUACCUAGCUACCCCAUGUAUGUAAAGAGAACUCGGUAUCCUGGAGCUACAUCCGGGUCUUUACCAUAUACUGUAUAAAGUCCUGUGAACAGACACUGAAGCCAUGGAGACAUUUGUAAUGCAGAGUCAAGCCAGGCAGCUGCUACACAACAAGUUUGUGUUGGUUCUUGGAGGCUCAGUGCAGCGCUCAAUGUACAAAGACCUGGUUCUGCUGCUUCAGAGGGAUAAGUUCUUAACUCUGCCUCAGCUCAAGUCCAAAGGGGAAUUUUCCUUCGAGCAGGACCUCCUGGUUGAGGGGGGUCGUAUGGGUCCCCUGACUAACGGCACUGGGUACAGAGAGGUCCGGCAAUACCGCUCCGACCACCACCUGCUGAGAUUCUACUUCCUGACACGGAUCUACUCCCCGUACAUGGAGAGCAUCCUGGAGGAUCUGAGGGAAGGACUCAAACCUGAUGUAGUGAUCGUCAGCUCCUGUGUGUGGGACAUCACCAGGUAUGGCCCGGAGUGUCUGGAGCAGUACAAAGAGAACCUCCACAAAUUCUUCAGCCAGAUUAAAGCGCUCGUUGGCCGUGACUGUCUCAUGCUGUGGACUCUGGCCAUGCCGCUCGCCAAGAAGAUCAAGGGUGGAUUCUUGGUGCCUGAAGUGAGUCACUUGGCUCCGUCACUGUGUUAUGACAUCAUCGAGGCCAACUUCUACAGCAGUCAGCUGGCGGAUGCGUACGGCCUGGACGUCCUCGACCUGCACUUCCACUUCCGCUUCAGCCUGCAGCACCGCAUGCCGGACGGCAUUCACUGGGACGCCCUGGCCCAUCGGCACAUCAGCAGCCUGCUGCUGGGGCACGCUGCUGACGCCUGGGGGGUACACCUGCACGCCCCCCCCUCUCAUCCAGGACAAGGACCACUCCAGAGAUAUGGCUCCCUCCGAUACCAACAGAGUCACAGCUCAGACCCAUUUCAGCAUACUAACUCAGGUCCACCCCUGCAUUACCCAGUGCAGCGUCGUCUCUACGCUCAGCAGAACUCAGCUGCUGCUGGACAUCAUGCUCAUCCUAGCCGAGGUUUUCCUGCUGCUGGAUGCUACAGUCAGUAUUAUAACCCAUUGCCCCCUGCAAACCCGUGGCUUUCACAGCGAGUUCAUCCCCAGGCCAGAGCCCCCUGGUCACAGGACGACUCCAUGUUAAGUGCAGGUGGAGGUUUGAAGUUCCUUUCUCCUUCCAGACAAGAUGAUCACUGUAUGAGGAGGGGCAGGCCUAACUUCAGGAGUCACCCAUACCCCCCCAUCCUUCCCCGGGUGACACCCAGACACCCUACGCAUGGAUGGUGAGCUGCAGACACAGAAACCCCUCACAGCAGGGACACAGAGUGAUGUCUGCAGAUGACGUGUCGCUGUGACAAAACUGAUUAGGAAAUAAUGCAGAGAAGAGGACGAGUGAAUUUGAAGUCGCAGGCUGUUUCUGGAUGUCACUGAGAUUUGUAAUUAAGGGUUGCUUGGAAGCACACAAUACCAGCAUUAGAAUACACAGAUCAGAUUGUUCCCCAAUCCAAUUUGAAUUUAGGAUAAUGGGAUUCAUACAUGAUGUUUUUGACGCAAUAAUGGU